UUGACUUAGCCCCCCUGUAGUUUCUCAUAUUACUCCCAGCUCUUCAUCUGAGCCAGAGAAACAACAUAAACAUGUCUGAAGGCGACUGGAAGAACCGUUAACUGCCGUCACUCACAGGCCACCUGAAGUGACCUCGACACGUCAGCGUCUCGUUUUGACGCACUUUUGCUUUUAUGCUUCCCGUCGUGUUGACGGCUCACAACCCGGGAAGAUGCCGCAGAAAGUGCUGGGAUCCAUUGUAGGGCUUCUGUGUACCGGGGUCUAUCUGGUGCAGGGCAAGGAGUAUUGUUUUGGGGUAAACAAUGAACAGUACCAAUGCGAGAUGGGAUACUGCUGCGGAGAGACGGAAUGCUGCACUCACUAUUACGAGCUCUGGUUGUUCUGGCUAGUUUGGACCCUGAUCAUCAUGCUGAGCUGCUGCUGUGCCUAUCGACACCGCAGGGUUAAAAUGCGGUUGCAGCAGGAACAACGUCAACGAGAGAUCAGUCUAAUGGCCUACCAGGGGGCAUCCAGCUCCUUCUUUUCCCCUCCACCACUCAACCUAAGAUUCUGGAACGACUGCAAGCUUCCAGACUAUGAGGAAGUGGUGGGUCACCCUCCGACACCACCGCCACCUUACUCUGAAAACCCGCCCGAAGCUGCUCCAGCUCCCCUUCCUCAAGCAAUCCAACCAGACCUCGCCGUGGUGCCACAGCCCUCGCAAGAUGCGCCGUCCGAGUCAGCCGCCGAUGCCUUAUGCUCAAACCAGGAAGCCGCAUCAGUGCCAUUCUUGGCUCACGAGAAUGCCGAGUAUCCUUCUCUCAAGGAGGAGGCAGGAGAAGAGGAGGAGGAGGAUGAGGAGCUUGUCACUCGGCGCCGGCACGUCACCGGCGACUCAGGGAUAGAGGUGUGUGUUUGCCAGGUAGAUGUGGAUGAAGGUUCGGGGCUGGAGGAGGAAAGUGACGAGGAGCAGCGCAUGUGUAGGGUCAGCGGUGGGGAGUGCUGCUCCCAGCACCAGCAGCAGGCGUUCAGACAGAAGGCGUCCGACAUGCCCGCUGGCCAAACCACCAGCACCAGUACAGGAGACAGCAUGGUGUGAGCCACCAUGUCAGCUAUACCAGCCAGCCCGGUGCGAUAUUGUACUUCCCAGGCGGUGAUACAACGUAGUGGUGGCCUUCAUCGUCACCAUGGGGAAUGUCUGUGUGUUAGCUCACAGCUCACGGAGCUAACACACAGACGCAACACUCUUGAUGACGAAGAUCACUAAUCUUCAUGCGAGAUGAAUAACUCAAUACGUCAGGAGGUUCACCAUUUGUUUGUUUUUUGGCUUUGCUCACGGUUAUUUUUGUGUUUAACAGCUAUUAAUCAAGAAAGAGGACAAGCAAGCAAACUGUGAAGGACUCUCUCCUCAAGCACCGCCAUCUAGUUUUUGUUUCUUAAGAGCAUUUCCGCCCACUGUUCUGUUCGGUUUGACACAGCACUGUCCGGUUGGAUGUUCAUCAUCAGCAGAAUCAACAUCAAGACGCAUACCAGCAGGGUACAUUUCCAUCCUGUCCCCACUCGGCCUGAGCACAAGAGUCAAAAAGAAAAAUCUUGUGACGGAAUAGAACAAAAUGUAGAUUGCAGCUGCAUGGCUCUACGGUGGUCAUGCUUCUGGAGUGGGAUUUUUUUUUUUCCACAUGUGGCGGAGACAGGAAGACAUCAGGUUUUUCUAAAUGGCACGCCACCAUGUGUCGAUGUCUCUGUGGUUCUCACAUUGCACGCCUGCCUGUCGGGCGUUCUGUGAUCACAACGAGGCUUGGCAGUAUUUUUAACAAGCCUUGAAGGAUGUUGCUUUUGUGUUUUUCUGCUUUUCUAAUAGAAAUCCCCUUUAUUUGUAACAAAGGGGUUGCUAGCGUGUGGAUGUUGCGUGACGAUAAAGGCACAGACUGUCAAUCAACAUCAGCGGUAGUUUGCAUGAUUAGCGUUUGACACAAGUUUUCAUUACGGCUACACCAUUUUGUUCUCACGUUGUCUUGAAAAUGUUGUCCUUAUCGUGUAGCGCCGGUGUUGUUCUUCUGACUACAAGCGCGGUGCUCUCUGUAGCCUGAGUUCUUGGCACUGGGAGUGACUUGUGUGGUAUUUUCCACUGGCAGCAGAGCAGAGCGAAAGGGGCAGUUUGAAGUGGAUGCCGGCAGCGCUCUGCAGCUGCAGAAUCCAUUGUUGUGAUUAACGCUGUGCUUUUCUCAGCAUCGCGUGUCUUCAGAGUAGUGGUAGAAAGUUGGUGUAGUCAAAAAUAUUAGGGGAAGGGGAGGGGGGGGGAGAAGCCCCAAAAGAUUGUUACCAUAUAAGUCUUGUUGUUGUGCACAUAAAAGGAAUUCAGCAGCGUCAUAUUAUCUUUUAAUAUUGGACAAAUUUCCUGAAGCAAAACCUGAAGCAAAGCAUUCCAGGUAAAUCAUGCACCAAAAACCCAAGGCUGGAUUUCCACAGUACAUAUAAGGGCACAGCCCCAGUGUAGCGUUAGCCUUUUGUCAUGACAAAUUAACAGUGUAGAUCCAAUCUGUCCCCUACGCCGAAGUCACAUUGGCAGACAUCUGAUCUGACAUCUGAUUUUUAUUUGCAUUUAGAAGGGCUGUACCAUUUUCUGUCUAUGCUGCCCUCAUCCGAAUAACUAAAACAUCUAAAUUGUUUCCCUAGAAUGGUGUUGUGCAGGGGCCAUUUUAUUAUUGGCCCUGAGCUAAAAAUAAAAUUAAAAUGACUUGUUAAUAAGAAAUACUAUUUACUAUAAUACUACUAAUGAGUUAGACUAAAGCAUGAAAAAAAAUUUGAAUUGCACUGUUCACAUUGGUGUGAAAAAAUCCGAUACAGGUCUGGGAACAGGAUUGACCUACAGUGUGAAUGUAGCCAAAAAGGUUUGUGUAUACAGUCGUCUCUGCCAUAUAGGAUUCAAUGUUAAUACGGUAAAUCGAAUAUUUUUGGAUUUAAAAGCAUAGAAAACAUGUUUAAUAAAUACAUUACAAGAGACCUGUAAACAUGAAGACAUUUUCCCUGCUCUUAUGAUUUAUUUACAUCAAAUUGUGCAACUCUUAUGCUGCAGGGACUUGACACGGUGGCUAGCCUGCAAGCUAGCCACAUAGCAUUGAAUUUAUUUCUUAAACUCAAGAAGUAAAAAAAAAAAAAAAUCACCACUUCCACACUGAUUGGGAGGAGAACCUUUUUUUUCACUUUUUGUCAGAUUUACUCUGGCUGACUUGAUAUAAGGUAAUGUCUAAUCAAUGCUUUGUCAUUACUGCCACCGAGGGACCAGAUUACUACAUAGCAUUUGUAUUUCAAUAUGUUUUGACUAAUCUACAAUGAAACAGCGAUCAUUUAUUUCUGGAAAAACGUAAUAUAGCAACAGUGUGAUAAUCAAACCGUGAUAUUGCGAGGGACGACUGCAAGUCAAAUGAGUUUCGGCUAAAGCUAGAAAUGAAAACACUUCCAUGUCAACUUCCUCCAAAAUGUCUCUUUCAUACUAAUGCAGUCCAUUUCUUUUAGGAGCGUAAAAUCCUGCUGUGAGAGUCCCACCUUGCUCCAGGUUUUAAAUGCAAAUGGUUAAAUGUAGUCGAAUGUUCAGUAAAUGUGAACAUUUCAACAAGUCGGCUAUUUUUAACUCUGCCGUUCCAAUGAGCUGUGGUUAUUCUCAGCUGUGAUUAACACAACGCUGACAAGGAUGUUGGCCUCCUAACAAGAUUUAACCAUGGACCAACCACCAAGUUCACUGACCCAUAAAAGUGAAACUGAGCUCUUUGGUGGCUACAGUUGUAGUUUUUUGGGAUGGGGGGGGGGUAGGGGUAUAUAUUAUACAAACGGUAUACACACAGUUUGUUUAAAUGUUGGAAGGUGACAUGCGUCAUACUAACACCACAAUGACCUUUUGUUAAAGAGUCGCUAUAGUUAAAAAUGGCCUGGGUCUCCAUCAGACAGCAAUUUUUUUCCCCUCCCAGAAGCAAAGCGUGGACUUGAAGCAGUCAUUAGUUAAAGAUGCAUUUUAUUUGCUUGUUGAUCAUAAAUGUAAAAACACUCUUUGCGUUUUAGUGCAUUACAGUUGAGCAAUGUGGUGUAAACAAAGAAUAAUAGGAGUGUCUAGGUGACUGUAGGGGUGUUAUUUUAUGUCUACAGGGCUCUAUUAAUGUUAAAAACCGUAUUGUUUAUUAAUAUUGAUUCCUACUUGGUGGAAAUUCACUUAUCGCGGUCGGGUCUGUGAUAAAUUAACUGCGAUAAACAAGAGGCGACUGGAGUUUAUAACAAGAAAAAUGUAAUACUGAAAUAUUGAGGAAAAAAUGUUAAGUCGUGAUGAAAAAAACAAUGCUAACAAGGGAAGGAUUCAUCUUGUUAGAAACAAAUACGGAAUGUUAUAAGAAUAAAGUUGGAUUUUUCUAACUCGUUAGAAGAACGGAGUAGGAAGGUUAUGAUGAAAAAUUGAAAAAGUAUGGGGUAAAAUAAAACGUACUGUUACAAUAAGUUUAGGACAAGCUCCUUAAGCACUCAUCACAACUUUUUUGUACGGCUAUUGACUUUUAUUUCCGCAAAAUUAACUUUUUUUUUUAACCUUACAAGAUGAGAGCUUUACUCUUGUAAAGUUGUAAUUUCUUCAAGAAAGUUGUAAUCUUUUUAGUAUGGCGCUAAUACCGGUUCCGACAAAGUGCAUACAGGACAAAAGGAACAAUAAAAGCACGAGGAUGUUUUUGUGAUUGUCCUUGACUUAAAGCUGGAGGCCCAUAAUGUCGUCACGGCCUUCCCAUGGCUUUCAUGUUUACUGAGAUUAAGGGCUAUGUCAGUCAUGAUCGUCCAUCCACUUAUGAGACUGCUUUAAUCCUCUAUCUUCAAAGUGUUUUCUUUGUGCCGGUGCUUCUUAUCCAACAUAGGGGAUUGUAUAUGACAGUGUAUGUUUGUUCAACAGGCUUGCCUUUUUCUUUGCAGAAUAGAUCCUUGUUCUUAACUGACCCCAUGAAGCCAAAGCGUCACUUCCAUCCUUGUGUCUGAAUGGUAGUUUUGCAUCCAUAGCAUAUUGUACUUUUACUCAACCAGGCUAUGCAAAAAACGUACUGUUCUAUGCUGCAAACCAUCCCCGCUCCCCUGCCUCUACUUCCUGUCAUGUGGGCACCAGUACUAGCAAUAUGACUCUGAGUACUGUGGCUCUGCACUGUACUGUAAUCUUUGUGUGGUCUUGUUUUUUUUUAAAUAAAAUAAUGCUACAGCAACAAUGUAUGUACACGGACGUAAAUCUUAAAACAAAGCCAUUUUUGUUUGUCUCUACUUCCCCCGCCUCCCUUCUGAUUUGUUUUUUCAGCAGAUAAGUAACGUCUUACCUGCCUUUUCGACCACUAGCGCGUUUUAAGUUGUAAGGAGGAAGUAUAUCGUGCUCACAGAUUGGUGCGUUUAUUAUCACAGUUCCAUCCAGUUGUUUUGGUUGCGUUUUUUUGUGUAAUUGUGUUUUUUCCAUAUUUAAACAUUUACACAGACUGAAUAUUUAACAGCUGCCUUUCGUUAUAGGUAGAAUAAUUUUGUCAUUUCAAAUGAAAGACCUCAUUCUUUUGAGGACGUCACUGUUCGAUUCCAUCACAAAACCUGCAGCAGCCGUACAAACGGGAGGUGUAGUGGUCGGCUUUGUUUGUUUCCUCUUUCCAAAUAACUAAAGACUGUUUGGGUGUAGUUUUCCUAAUUAGUUCAUAUACGCCAAAAUGACUCAAGUGGAAAAGAGAAAAAAAAAAGCACUGACUGAUAGAUAAUAUUGCUUUUUUUGGUUUAAUAUGUCUGCUGUGAUGUUUGGGUCAUUUGUAUUUUAUUUUUUUAAUAAAAUAAAACCUUGCACUCGA